ACCAGGGGGCGCUUAUCUUCAACAACAUGACAUAGCAACGUCACCAUCCUCUUUGUCACCAUUAAAAGGACAACACCUCAGUGUGAGAGAGUAGCAGGAUCACAUAUCACAGCAGAUUAUACUUGUCUAGUCGGUCAUGAUCAUCUGUGGUGAGAUCAUCUGACACUGGGAUUAAGAUGAGCAUGAGCAGCAGCAGCAGCAGCAGCAGCAGCAUCAGUAAGAGAGAGAGGGAGCAGAAGAAGAGGCUGCAGCACUUCCUCAGUGACCUGGCUCUGCUGGGGUCAUUACAGGGAUUUAAAUACUUCCAGCCGUGGCUCAGAGGAAAAGAAGAGCUACUGCUGACUGUAGUCAACGAGGACCUGGGCUGGUCUUCUCCAGGGUUCUUGGUCUCCAGAGCCUCCUCCUCCUCCUUCUCCUCCAGCGGCAGUGAUGUUUCCCACAGCAGCAGCUCUCCCUGUUGUAUGGACAGUGGCUGCAGUUCUCCCCUGCCUGGAGAACCUGGAGAACCUGGAGAACCUGGAGAACCUGGAGAACCGGGUGCUCCAGCAGAAAGCCUGUCACAAACACAGGGCAGGAGGCAGACACACAACAUCAGGGAGCAGAGCAGUGAGGAACACCUCCUGCCUGCCUCUCCCAGUGAAAGAGAGAUAGCUGUUCCUGAAGUGAACUGCACCCUGUUUCUAUUGGCCGGCUACGUCAAGUACGGUCGUCCCUACGCCUGGAUCCGCUCCAACCACGAGCGUCUGGUCAACAUCGGCGGCACCGACUCCAUGGUCAAGGACACGCCCAUGAAACUCAAGUCCAUAACAGACUGGCUGAGCAGAGGAAUUCGAGUGUGGGACAUGGUGAGUGAGCUGGUCUGUCUGUGCACCAUCCCCUCACCUUCCAACCCCUUCGCAUUGGACACGCGUUACAUCCAAAGUCUUCCCCUCCAUGAACGGUUCCUGGUCACCGGUGCUCUCCUCAACUUCCUGGAGAUGUACGUGGUUUAUGGAAACAAGGACGAGAUGUACUACGACAAAGUGGUCGAGGAGGUGAAGCCUCUCAGACGUCUCCAUGUCCAGGCCCUGCUGGAGCUGCAGAGACACAGGGAGACGCUCAAGUCCCAGAGUGACGGGUCUCCACCUCCACCCAAUGGAACGCAGAAAUGAAGCGUCUGUGCUCAUGUUGAUAUAAUGUUCUGAAAAUUCUAGGAAUCAAGUCACAUGACUCCCAGAACCAACAGCAGUCUGAACCUCUGACCCGCUCUGAACCCAAACCAGCCUGGAGCCUGAGAGACUUCUGUUUUCAUCAGGACUAAUAUAACCUGAGAAUGG